AUGUCCAACCUCUCGGAAGUGUUUCGAGAGUUCUUCUUAGCCGCGAGAAAUUUGAUCAUGAUCCACAUUGGUUUCCCGGCAAAGAGCCCGGCCAAUUUCCAGCUGGAGGAUAUUUUCCAUCGUCUCCAGUGGGAGAGCCUGCGCAGUCUUGGGAUCCAAGGCUGGCGGCUGGAGUCGGCCGAGAUUAUCGACAUAUCGCGGCGGCACAGGUUCCAGCUGCGAGAAUUGCGCAUGCCGUGUGUUUAUCUCCGGCAGGGAAGCCGAUGGCGGGAUGUCCUCGCUUUCCUGCACAGCGAGAUGGAAGAGCUGGAAAGGGUCGAUCUGCGCAACAUUGACUACGCAAGCCACUUCGAUGCCGAAAUCAUGAACGGUGUCGAGGUGCCUCCUCCCGGAAGCCCACCACGACAGCAGCCGGUGGAUGCAAAUGGGGAACUAGAAGACAACCACAACCACAACAACCACAACAACAACAUCUCUCCCGCAUCUCCGACGUACCAAGCAGAAGUCGAACUCCGUCAGGGACAACAGCAGCAACUCUCGCUCGCGGAGCUGAGAGCGCUAACAGCGGACGAUCUGGGGGACAACGGAGAGCGAGUGGAGCGCGAGCAGUGGGCACUGUGGGAAGCUAUAUCCCAUUCUUAUGCUCGCUUCGAGUAG